CUUAUCAAAUCGCCAUCUUUCUCUCUCUAGAUCUCAGAAACCCAAAAACCAUUCUCUCUCUCUCUCUCUUUCUCUCUCUUAAAGAGAGAGACUUGAGGAGGAGGAGGAGGAGUUCUUCGCCGUAUUUACGGUUUCGCCACCGGAGCGGCCAUGGUCGAAGCCCAGACAUGGACGACCCGCCGGAUGAGCAACCCGAGGCUGGACCACCCCGCCGCCGCCGCCGCCGACCAGGUGCUCGACAUCCCGGCGACGCCGCCCGGCGACGCCCGCAACGCCGCCGCGGGGACCCACCACCUGUCCCCGGCCGUCCUGACGGCCCUCAUCAUCGCCUCCUGGUACCUCUCCAACAUCGGCGUCCUCCUCCUCAACAAGUACCUCCUCAGCUUCUACGGCUACCGGUACCCAAUCUUCCUGACGAUGCUCCACAUGAUCUCUUGCUCCGUCUACAGCUACUUCGCCAUUGGCUUCCUCGAGAUAGUGCCCCUCCAGCACAUCCUCUCGCGGCGGCAGUUCUUGAAGAUCUUCGCGCUGAGCGCCAUCUUUUGCUUCUCAGUUGUUUGUGGGAAUACCUCGCUGAGGUACAUUCCCGUCUCGUUCAACCAGGCCAUCGGGGCGACCACCCCGUUCUUCACCGCGAUCUUCGCUUUCUUGAUCACCUGCAAGAAAGAGACCGGGGAGGUGUACCUCGCCCUCUUGCCCGUUGUCUUUGGCAUUGUUGUGGCCAGCAAUAGCGAGCCCUUGUUUCAUUUGUUUGGGUUCUUGGUCUGCGUCGGUUCGACCGCCGGGAGGGCUCUGAAGUCUGUGGUUCAAGGGAUUUUGCUCACUUCCGAAGCUGAGAAGCUUCACUCCAUGAACCUGCUGUUGUACAUGGCCCCGAUGGCCGCCAUGAUUCUGUUGCCCUUUACUCUGUACAUCGAGGGCAAUGUGGCCGCCGUCACGGUCGAGAAGGCGCGGGGCGAUCCGUUCAUUGUGUUCCUGUUGGUGGGGAACGCGACGGUGGCCUACUUGGUGAACUUGACGAAUUUCAUGGUCACGAAGCACACCAGCGCGCUCACAUUGCAGGUGCUCGGGAAUGCCAAGGCGGCCGUGGCGGCCGUCGUGUCAGUUUUGAUAUUCAAGAACCCCGUGACGUUGAUGGGGAUGACGGGGUUCGCCGUCACGAUCAUGGGCGUGGUGCUCUACAGCGAGGCGAAGAAGAGAUCGAAGGUCACGAAUCGUUGACAGAGAGAGUUCAUAAGGUGAUCGAUCGAACACGGCUGCAGCUCUUUUUAUUUCUUUCGGCAUUGGAAUUCGUCAAUUCUUAUUGAUGCUCUAGCUGAUUGGAGGGAAAUAUGAUUUAAGGAAGGAAGCUAAUGAGAUUGAAUUGUAUAGGACGGGGGGAUGAAGGGAAAAGAGAUCUGAGGAGAUCUGAUUUAUCUUGAGUCCCUCUUCUCUUUUCUUGCUUAAUUGUUCUUGAUUGGUGGGGGUAGAAUAAGGGAAUAAAGCUCUCUUUUACUCUACCCUGCAAUGUCAUAGCUUUUUGUAAUUUUUUUAUUGUCGGGACUUCGCAAAGAUUGAUUCCAAUAUCAUUGUUGACGCGUUAUGCGGGAAGAAAAAGUCUUCCCAGCUUCAUAUUGUUUUUUGGAUUUCUGACUAAAUUCGUGUCUGCCGACACUUCUUAGUGCUGUUCUCUCUUAGUAUAUAUGAAUUACAUCCUGCUUACGUUUUUUGAGAA